AUGACAAGAGUAAAUAGUAUCAAGAAGAUUGCAAUCAUCGGAGCGGGUCCUGGCGGGCUGACUACGUUGAAUGAGCUUUUACACACAGCAUCGGAUGGAUCGAGUACCAUUGUAUCCCCAACAUCCAAUGGAAUUCUCCCUGCUAAUCCUGCAUUUGAGGAGAUAACAGUUUUUGAACAGAAUGAUAGUAUUGGUGGUGUGUGGAACUACACCAAGGACACCGAUCCAGCCUUUCCAGAGGACGCCAGUGACUAUUCCAAGCCGCAAUCAUUAAGACCGCAUUUGGUGGAUCUUACUGAUGACAAGGUCGAAUCAGCUACCCUGGAGAAACCUGUGAAGAUUCCACUCAACGAAAACUUUGAUAAGAGGUGGAAUAACAGCGCCGUCUAUGACAAUUUGUUUACCAACAUUCCCAACUUUCUGAUGAGGUUUUCAACUAGUUUUGGUGAGCCGCUUAAGAUUGAUAAGAACUCGUCAGUAUACACUCCCUUUGCCACACAUCAAAAUGUUUUUAGGUACAUUGCCGAUUACGUGAAAAGGUACGAUUUAGGAAAACACAUCAGAUUCAAUUCAACAGUUGAGAAGCUCUAUAAGAAGGGCGACAAGUGGUAUAUAUCUGUGCUGAAAUUUGAUCCGAAAGACAACUCGGGGAUCGUUUACACUGAGACUUUCGAUGCUGUUGUGAUUUCCACAGGGAGGUUCAAUUUUCCUUUCUAUCCCAAAAUCGAGGGUUUACAAGCGUUUCAUAGGCAGAAUCCUAAUGUUCUUAUGCAUGCCAAAUCUUUUAGAAGUUCUGCUGGAUUACGGAACAAAAAGGUCUUGAUUGUCGGAAGUAACAUCAGUGGAAUUGACCUCUCGCAGUAUCUAAUUCCAAUCGCCGAAUUACACAUUUCAAGCAACAGCAAGCAUGCAUCAAAUAAUGCAGAGUCGGGAGAGCUAGAGAAACAGAAACAAGACUGGGUGGAGAAGGUGUUUGCAGAUGACGCAAUUCGAUGGAUCAAACAUGGAAGGAUUUCCAAAAUAGCUGGCACAACUGUUGAGUUUGAGGACGGCACCUCAGAGUCUGAUUUUGAUAAGAUUAUUUUUUGUACUGGGUAUCACCUCAGCUAUCCGUUCUUAGAUAUUCCUGAAAACAGGGAUAGACAUUACAUUUCACUCAGCUCAGGUUUUAGCGGCAAUCCGAAUUAUGCGUUGACCAAGGUGGACAACUUAUAUCUUUAUACCUUCACUAUUGAAGAUCCCACUCUUUGUCACACUGGUCUUGUUCAAAAUCCGUUGUUUUUUCUGACAUCGGAGGCAAACGCUGUUGCCAUAGCUGGUAUUUGGUCAGGAGCAAGUAAGUUGCCUUCGGUGGAAAUGCAGAAAAAGUUUCUAGAGGAUAGGAUAGAGGGUAAGAAAUGGGGGUUUCAGACUUAUACAGAGAGCAGUAUCAGGGAUUUCAUCGGACAAUGCUACGACCUUGCUCCGAAGAAUAGGUUCAAUUUUCUUCCAUAUGUUAAUGAAGGAGACGUUGAAAAGGCACAUCGUGUGCUUCCCGACCUGUUUUACAAGUUUGCUACUGGAGAUUUGAAUCAAUUCGAUCCAUCAAUUCGGUAUGCCGAAUCAACACUGUGA